AUGAAUCAAGCUCUAUAUUUAAUUCUUCUUCUCAUUGCUCUCUGCUCCGUAUCUGAAUGUGUUCAGCGUCAGUAUCACUUUAUAAAUGAGAGGAAGACCUGGACUGAAGCUCAGAGAUACUGCAGAGAGAAAUACACAGAUCUGGCCACCGCUGACAACAUGAACGACAUGAACGAGCUGAUGAAGAGUGUGAAUGAUGGAGGUUUUCAGUAUGUCUGGAUUGGGCUGCAGAAGACGGGUCGUGAUGAAUGGCAGUGGUCUUCAGGUGAACCUGCGCUCUAUCUGAACUGGGCUCCUGGACAACCAGAAGGCAGUUUUUGUGGUAUGAUGAAAAAUGGAAAGUUUGAGGAUUUGCCAUGUACUGAUGUCCGAAAUUUCAUCUGCGACAACACAAACACAGGACUCGUCUUUAUCAAUCAGAUGAAGAGUUGGAGAGAUGCUCAGAGUUACUGCAGACAGAAUCACAUUGAUCUGGUCAGUGUGAGAAACCAGGAUGAGAAUCAACAGGUUCAGAAGAUCAUUAGUGAUAAUAAUUUAUCUGGAUCACAUGUCUGGAUCGGUCUGUUCAGAGUCAGAGAUCCAUGGCAGUGGUCAGAUCAGAGUGACUCCUCAUUCAGAGACUGGGACACUGUUGAACCUAAUAAUCAGGGAGGUAAUGAAAACUGUACAGUUGUGAAACUGAAUGCUCAGGGAAAAUGGAACGACAUCUCUUGCACCAGUCAAUUUCCUUUUGUGUGUCAUGAAGGUGAUUUCUGCUUGUGCUUUGUUUGGUUUCCAGAUAAACUGAUUGUGAUCAGAGAGAAUCUGACGUGGUCUGAAGCUCUGAGAUACUGCAGACAGAAUCAUGUGGAUCUGGUCUCGGUUCAUUCAGAAGAGAUUCAGCGUCGUGUGAUGAACGUGGUUAAACGAGCGUCUACUGCGGAGGUGUGGUUGGGUUUGCGUCACUCCUGCAUUUUGGGCGUCUGGUUCUGGGUGAGUGGAGACACUGUGUGCUAUCAGAACUGGGCUCCAGGGAACGGUACAUCAGAGGAGGACUGUGAACACACAGUGAGAUCUGGAGCAGUUCAGUCUGGAGGAGAUCAGCGCUGGAUCAGCCGUCCUGAGACUCACAAACUCAACUUCAUCUGCAGCAGAUAUUAAGAGUGAAAGGAUGAACAGAACUUCAUGUAAGAUAAGAAGUGCUUGUGUGUUUACUCCCUUUAACUUCAUUUUCAUUCAUCACUUUGUAAAGGAAUAAUUUGAACAGUUUUUGUCUCAACAGGCAGUCGCACCUGAGGGUUAAAAAUA